AUGAACAACAACUCCUUCAACGACGACUUGGAGAAGCAGGCAAACGACGACUCGGCGGGCUCAAACGAGGGCUUCCCCCGCGUGGACCACCAGCUCACGCACAAGUCGUUCCGGCACGACGACGACCACAUCUACAUCAACGACGUGCCCAUCAACAAGGCGGAGUUCACGCAGGCGUUCGGCGGUACGUUCGAGGUGAGCCGGCGGGAGAAGACCCGGGAGCUGCGGGAGUACGGCAACCCGGUGCCGGCCGGGUUGGGGGCGUUCAGCGCCUCGGCGAUCUCGCUCGGGCUCGUGCAGAUGCACGCCAAGCACGUCCACCAGGCCAACACGCUCUUGGGCGCGUUCUUGACCACGUCCGGGCUCGUGGAGAUCAUCGUGGGCAUCCUCUGCUUUGUGAUCGGCAACACGUGGGCGUCGUGCACGUUUCUCAUGUUCGGCGGCUUCUGGUCGUCGUACGCCUUUGUGCUCAUGGACGUGGGCGGCAUCGCCGCCAGCUACUCGUCCGCCGCGGAGUACGGCCAGUCCGUCGCCAUCUUCUUCCUCCCCUGGGCCAUGUUCUCCUUCUUUUUGUGGAUCUGCACCUGGAAGUCCACCGUCGCCUUGUCGCUCUUGAUGUUCCUCAUCUGGUUCUUUGUUCUUCUCUUCACCAUCGCCCAGUUCAUCUCCUCCGUCAACCUCUUCAAGGCCGGCGGCUUUUUCGCCAUCUUUGCCGGCUGCGUCGGCUUCUACAACAUGCUCGCCGGGCUUGCCGACAAGACCAACACAUACUUCAUCAUCAAGCCCGUCCUGCUUCCAAACCAGCCAACCGUCGAGGAACUCAAAGACGCCUGA